GCUGAUGCAUUCCACAAUUUGUCUCAAGAUACGUACGACCUGAUGCAGCGUUAUGUCUUCUCGGUGUCUUCGUGGAAGUGACCAUCCGUGGUGGGCUUUCUUCCGAGGGAUUUGCCUGUGCAGCCCAACUGCCAUUCUUAAUACCCUAUGGUUUUGACGCGUUCCUGGAGUGCGACGACCUAGACUUCCAGGACCUCAAGUGGGCCUUCGCGGUGCUCAGUCUCCUGUGUUCGCACUGCGACCGCGGCUCUCGUAGACUUCGGGACCUUCUUAGGAAGACAGCUACAUCUGAAAACUUUGCGACAAAGACGCUUCCAAAUUUUGCGUUCAGGUUUCGUCACUCGAAAACUGUUCUCAGCAGCUGGAAUCCCUCGUUCACCUACUGGACGUCUUGGAGGCCAUAAAGGAAUUUGUUCUGAAUACGGACACCUUCCUUAGCCUACUACCCUACAUAACGGCGAUGGUUGAUUCACUGCGUGAAUCACAAUUAGGCAUCGACGACAUCUACAAUAGGGCCGUGAAGUUGGAAGCGUUUGCGACGAGUGGCGCCAUGCUGGGUAGACAACGUGUGUUGUCCCACCCGGACUUCAGAACUCUCCCAGUCGUUCCAGCAUCUGAAGAGUUGCUAGCCAGAGAAUUGCCUCAUUUGACGCCUAAUCGUGUCCGUGGGUCGUAUAAUAGCACGGAGCACUAUCUGGACGUCCAGUUUAGGCUGCUUCGUGAGGAUUUCGUCCGUCCGCUCCGGGAAGGGAUAAGGGAGUGCGCACGGGCACAGGAAGUCCGUGGAUAUAGAUACAGGAAAGAAAUAUUCCACAAGUUGGACGGCGUCAACGUCCAUUCCGGCGUUGUCGUCAUUUCCUCUUCCGUCAACGCAGAUGGAAGGGUAUACGUUGUGCAGUUCGACGCCUCGAGCUUCUCAAAGAUACUCUGGAAGGGAACGAGGCGCUUCAUUCCCGGAUCGCUUCUUUGCUUCAGUAAGGACAACUUCGAGACAAUCCAGGUGGCUACGGUGUCUCGUGCCACUCCAAGUAUGCUCGGCAGAGGCGUCGUUGAAGUCACAUUCUGGAAUUGUAGCUGCGCAGUCACGGGCCAGUUUGUUGUUCUGGAAAGCAUUGCAUACUUCGAGGGUUAUCGUCAUGUAUUCCAGGCUCUGCAAAACACGCACGUUCUUCCACUGGAAAAGUACAUCGUAGGUGCGGAAUCUGUCGUUUUCCAUCCAAGUUACGUGAAUAAUUGGACGACGUUCGACAUAACGUGUCUCCUAGAGACACCUGGUGGUACCCGCCGAAAGGUGACCCUCCUCGACCGAGACAGCUGGCCAAAGGCGGAAGAACUCCAAUUGGACAGCUCCCAACUGGAGGCUCUUCAAUACGCGCUAACCCAUGAACUAGGCGUUAUACAGGGACCUCCGGGAACGGGAAAGACCUACAUGGGUUUGAAGAUUGUUCAGACGCUGCUGGAGAACGACGCUGUAUGGGUUUCUGGAAGGCGUGCUUCAGUUCACGAAACUUGUUACGAGGAUGGGCGGUGGAUGUAA